GAUGCGUGUUUGUAUGUGAUGUGUACUUGUAUGUGAUGUGUACUACAGGCAGGAGGAAGAGCUGAGCUGCACCUGAGUCCUAAGUUUCGCCUCCUCCCCCGGACUCUUGGUCUGUACCUGCUACACUUUCUUUAGGAGCCGUUCAGUAGCAUCACCUUUUCUGUCGCUGGAGCCGAACUGCUGUUGCAGCUUUGGAACCGUCAUUAUGUUCUAGUGAACUUGGGAAUCCGUCAGCAUGUGACGUCCUGGGAAGAGCUACUGGAGAAAGAAAAGAGGUUGAAAUGUCGGUUCCUCCUUGUGGCCUACAAGAUGCAAGAAAUUAGUCUGCCUUCUACCCAGAGCAUGCCAGACCCGGGUGCAUUAGAGGGGCCUGUGUUCCCGAAGCCCGACAUGGACAUACAACUGCACGAGCCCAGCUGUAUACUGAUACUGAUCUUAACUGGCAAAAUCAUAAUAAAUAUCCAUUAUUUACAGGAUUUUGCUGUUUGUAGCAUGAGGUUCACUAACUAUCACAUCUGCCUGUUUACUCAGAUCAUAUCCCAUGCGUAUGGCAUUCUACACUAUCCAGUGCUGUUAACAGCAGGGCUAGAUUAUUACAAUACUGUUGUUAAAUCCAUUCAUCUCCCCAGGCUUUGUCUCGGCUUCCUGCAUGUUAUACUUACCCUGCUCCUAUGGACGGCAGCACUAUCCUUUGCCCUCUAUUCUUCUGUUCCUCCUCCAAUCUCAGGCCCUGGACUGUCCUCAUACCAGUGCACUUUCUACGUCAGCAGCCAGACUUAUUAUUUAUCAGCUGCAGUGGUGUGUGCCAUUGUUUUUAUUCUGGGAAUAUGUUGCUUUGAAGUGGUGGCUUUAAUAAAAUCCAUGAAGCUCAUCUCCUUCACCAACAAGACUGUCCUGUUUUCCUGUGGAGAUGAGUGGCCUGUCCAAGGAACCAUAUGUCUCUAUACUGCUCUUGUGUUCUCGUUUCUGGGCACUUGGGCUCCAUUUGUCCUCCGUAAAAUUAUUCUCCUCAUUUUGUGUGCACCAAUCCCAGGCUACAUGGACAUGAACGUGGCUUGGCUUUAUUUUAUGAACAGUUUCCUUGUGGGAUUGGCCUAUGUCCUUAAGUAUCCUCAAAUUGACCCGACCAGAGAGACCUUUUCCAUAGACCCUUUCAUCAGCUGGAAAUAUUGCAUUCUGCCUUUUAUUGACAUUCACUACAAAGCAGAAGAUUAUUUGAAUGAGCAGUUACAUCCAGUUAUGAUUGUUUGAUUCAUUUCAUGUUCCAGGCUACAGUUAGUAAAAUAGGAAAUC